AUGGGGAGGUACGAAAAAGUGUUUUUUAACAUCCAUUCAAUACCCUGCCAGAUUAUUUUCUACGAGGAUAAAAACUUCCAGGGCCGCUGCUAUGAGUGCGACAGCGACUGCUCAGAUUUCCACACCUACCUGAGCCGCUGUAACUCCAUACACGUGGAGAGCGGCGUCUGGGUGGUCUACGAGCGCCCCAACUACAUGGGCUACCAGUAUGUGUUAACACGUGGUGAGUACCCAGAGUUCCAGCGCUGGAUGGGCCUCAAUGACCGGAUCAGCUCCUGCAAGAUGAUCCACUUAGUAAGUCAAACCACUACAAGUGGGACACAGUACAAGAUGCAGCUCUACGAAAAGGCAGACUUUGCAGGUCAGUCAUUUGAGACCACUGAGGACUGCCCAUCCAUUAUGGAGCGUUACCGCUUGAGAGAGGUGCACUCCUGCAAGGUCCUGAAUGGCUACUGGGUAUUCUAUGAGCACCCCAAUUACCGUGGCCGCCAGUACGUCCUGGAAAAGGGUGAAUAUCGCAAACCUAUGGACUGGGGUGCAGUCUGUCCUACCGUGCAGUCCUUCCGCCGCCUGACCGAGUGA